GUGCACGCCUCGUCACUACACUUCUUAUUACACACGUGUGUCAGAAAUAUGUAUUUGGGGAGCAUAUCAAAUUAACUGUGUAUAAGGAUGAAAUUAAAAUGCUAUGAAAAUACAUGUGCAGUUAACAUUUGUUCGUUUGUUAAAUGAGAAGAUGUCCGCGAUUCAACUAACGUUACCGGAAGAGAUCUGGAUCAGUGUGUUCGGGUUUCUCUCCGAUAGCGACAAAGGGAAUGUUCGUUUAAGCUGCACGUACUUUAAACAACUGAUCGACCACUGGUCCUUAUGGAAAGACAGCGUUAUUGUCCUCCAAAACGUCUACAACCACGAUUUCUGGAAAAUACUUCGUCAAAGGAAAAUCAGGUCUGUUGUUGUUCAAAAGACAACAGCAAAAGUCCUGCAACAAAUUGCGACUUGGCUGCCGUGGAUCGGGUCAGUUACUCUGGUUCAGUGCGGUGAUGGCACAGCUUUGGUGACACUGGGUGCUUUAAAACACCUCAAGAGGCUUGUCAUCCGUCAGUGCUGCUGUCGGAAUCUUACCAGCUCCCUUUUAUCUUUGAGACAACUGACUCAUCUGUGCUUGUGUGAGGUCAACAGAGCCUCGAUAUCAGAGAUAAGUGCUGCUAUUUCGCAGCUUGUCAAUCUAACUUCACUACACUACCAUGAUGAUAAAAAUCCUAUCCAUAAAGCUGCUCUUCAUGGCUUGUUGAGGAGUCUGCCUAACUUAAAACACCUCUCCCUGAGAUUGGGUCCAAAGCAUGGGAUUCUGCCUGAUGAUUAUUUUUGUCCAACUAAAGCUUGUGGACAUCUAGGAGUGACUCCGGAUGCAGAGUUUGGCCUGAGCAGCCUGGAGCUGCUGAACUAUGAAGACCCCUGCCUCUCCCCUGUUGCCUUCAACGGCCUGUCCUCCCUGACCAAACUGACAGUGCAUUACAAACAAUGGCUCGAAUCUUCAAAAUUAUGCCGCCUCUCAGAAUGGUUGCAAGGGCUUCAUGCACUUUCAGAGCUCAACAUCUCUUUAGGAUUCCCACUCAGGCUCUAUGCUGACUCAAUACCGAGGACUGUGCAGCGGUUGUCUCUCAUGGGAGUGAAGGCAGAGUUGGCGUCUGUCAGGAUCAUGGGAGAGCAGGUGCCGGAUCUCCUUCACCUUCAUUUGGACUUGUGUUGUCACGACAUCUCUGAUGUAAUCACAGAAAUACCUCAGGUUUUCCCAAAGCUGCAGAUCCUGAAAGCAAGACAACAUAAUGUUCCGGAAUCAGUGUUUCUUUGCCUUCAGCGUCUGCCUCGACUGAAGCAGUUAGUGAUUUUGGACGCACACAAAGGCCUCAGUCCUGCUGUCCUCAAUGUGACUCAAAAACUUACCAUCCAAACAAACAAUAGAAUCCAUGUGGUUCAUUCCAAAUCAAAGGACCAAACCACUUGUUCUUGUGGUUUUUAUUAAUGAACUUUUCAACUAAUGUUCUUAUUUGACUGUUAGAAACAGAUUAAAAUGCCUUACACACAGGUGUCUUUUCAACAUACAGCAACAUUCCAUUGAAGAUGGAAAAUGGAAAAGAAAAUGUGAAUAGUGAAAGACAGUUGCUUGAUCUGAAGAGCUUGAGAAACACAACUUGCAUCACACACAUGCUUUUUGUACCUUUAAUACAUUGUGCCAGUGAUACUUUGUGCCAUUGGUAUUUGCUUGACUUCUUAAAAAGUGCUAUAUAGUUAAAAUGGUAUAUUUGCUCAUGGCCUCUUUGUAAAUAUAUUUUCUAAUAAAUUAAAAAUGAAAAAUACUACAUUCAAAAGUGUUCUGUACCAUCCAUAACAUCCAAACACCUCCACUAGGUGGCAAUCUAUUCACACUUGAGUAAUAAAGGGGAAAAAAAUCAGUAUAGUCAAUUUGUUUUUCCUCUUAAUGCAUCCUUCCAGAAAGUAUAAUACACAAACUAUAUUUAUAAAUAAAUACGCAGGAUAAAUUCACACAAAUGUGUGUAAUGGAUUUUUCCCCCCCUCAAAGUAGAUGUACCAGAUACUUUUACUUUGGAAGUACAACGUAUGAUGUGAUGU